CCGCCGGCGGGAGGAGGAGGAGUCGGUGCUGUUGCUGGUUGCUGCUGCGCCUGCGCCAAGGCCCCGGGACGCGCCGAGCCGAGGGAUGCUGGAGGCCGAGCGGCCUGUGGACGGCAACCGGGCUCCGGGGCAACACAGAGGCCGAGGAGCAGAGCGGGACUGAGAGAGCGGAGCGAGCGAGGGAACCAUGGAGCCGCCGUGGAGUGCGCUGCUGGCUCUGGUACUGUUGGCUGCCCCGGCCUGGGCCGAGGAUCCCAGCCCAGAGGAGCACUGGUCUGAUUUCUGGGCGGUUCGCUUCAUCAUUAACCUGGCUGGUUACGCUACCAUCCUCCUGCCCGGAUAUCUGCUGGUGAAGUACUUCAAACGGACAAAUUACCUGGAGAGAGGUCGAGGGUUUUGUUUUCCAGUUAUAAGCGUCUGUGUGUUCGGCCAUGAGGUGAAAACUGGACUGCCGGAGGAACACAGUCCCGGCGUGCGGACGGAGCCGGCAGAAUCCUCUCCCACCAAGCAGACGUUGAGGUUGCUGGCCUGUGCCCUGGGACUGCAGGUGUCCUACCUGACGUGGGGUGUGCUGCAGGAGCGGGUGAUGACGCGCACCUACGGGAAGACAGACACGGACCCCGGCGUGAAGUUCCGCGACUCUCAGUUCCUGGUCUUCAUGAACCGCAUCCUGGCGGUGACGGUGGCAGCCGUGUGCUGCGCAAUGACCAAGCAGCCCCGGCACGGCGCGCCCAUGUACAAGUACUCCUUUGCCUCGCUCUCCAACAUCCUCAGCAGCUGGUGCCAGUACGAGGCCCUCAAGUUCAUCAGCUUCCCCACCCAGGUGCUGGCCAAGGCCUCCAAAGUCAUCCCGGUCAUGCUGAUGGGCAAGCUGGUGUCGCACAAGAGCUACGAGUACUGGGAGUACCUGACGGCGGUGCUCAUCUCCUUCGGGGUCAGCGUCUUCCUGCUGAGCAGUGGCCAGGACCACCGGACCUCCUCCAUCACCACCUUCUCCGGCGUGGUCAUCCUGGCCGGCUACAUCCUCUUCGACAGCUUCACCUCCAACUGGCAGGACGCGCUCUUCACCUACAAGAUGUCGCCGUUGCAGAUGAUGUUUGGCGUCAACCUCUUCUCCUGCCUUUUCACGGUGGGCUCGCUGCUGGAGCAGGGGGCUCUCUUCCAGUCCAUGGCCUUCAUGGCUCGGCACCCUGAGUUUGGCUUGCACGCCGCCCUGCUCUCUGUGUGCUCCGCCUGCGGCCAGCUCUUCAUCUUCUACACCAUCCGGCAUUUUGGGGCGGCCGCCUUCACCAUCAUCAUGACGCUGCGCCAGGCGCUGGCCAUCCUGCUGUCCUGCCUGCUCUACGGUCACGCCAUCACCCUGCUGGGGGCGCUGGGGAUGGCCACCGUCUUCCUCGCCCUCUUCCUCCGCGUCUACGCCCGCACACGCGUCCGCGCCAAGAAGCGGCCCGUGCAGGGAGAGCCGGCCGUGCAGAAGGUGUAGCCGUGACCCCGACCCACCCACACACGGACGGACAGGCGGGCAGGGCUCGGGUAUCCGCAGCAAACACUGGGACCAGCUGGGGGGGGGGAGGGAGGACAGAGCCGGGGGGUGGGGGGGGCAGAAUCGAAAUGACACGCGACCACAGGCACCCAUACCCAGGCCUGUGCUCUAUGCUGCCUGCGCAAGUCCUGCACAUUAGUGCGAGGGAAAGUGCGUUUGUAAUACAGCGCAGAAACCAGCCCUUCAACCAACUCAACCAUGCCGACCAGGGCUUUACAGCUGAGCUAAUCCCAUCUACCUGUACUUGGUCCAUAUCUCUCUGAACACUUCCCUUCUGCUAUUGACCCCCCACCCCACCACACAUACAGCUUCCCUUGACAGCUUGU